AGGUCACCCAUAAUCUGCCUGGUUCUCCAAUGGUAGAAGGUUCAAUGGUCUGGGGCGCGAGCGGUGAGGAGACUGGGCACCUGAAUCGAGGGAAAUGGAGGAAAACUUCAAUGAAUUCAGAAAUGGACCUGAUCAGGUCUUACCAUCAACACACACUAAGACAUGGGAAGCUGACGGGGCAGUCAAACUGUAUAUUGAAGAGGAAGGAGCCAUGGCAGGGGCUCCUUUCUCAGUCCAUACUCUGAUGCAGGACAGAGCACGGGAUUAUGCUAAACACCCUGCUCUUGCAGUGAAGAGGGAAGGAGCUUGGAGGUACUGGACUUACAAGGAAUAUUUUGAAGAGUCCAGAACAGUUGCAAAGGCCUUCAUACGGCUCGGUCUUGAGAGGUUCCACGGAGUUUGCAUCAUGGGAUUCAACUCCCCGGAAUGGCUGAUUGCUAACUUUGGUUGUAUAUUUGCUGGUGGUUUGUGUGCAGGGGUUUACACAACAAAUUCUCCAGAAGCUUGUAGACAUUUAGCUGAAAACUGCCAUGCUCAGAUUAUUGUUGUAGAAGAUAAUGCUUGUUUGAACAAAUUUCUGGCAGUCAAACGAUUUUUACCAGAAAUUAAGGCAAUAAUUCAGUGGUCCGGAGUACCAGGUGCUCCAGGCGUUAUAUCCUGGGCGGAACUCAUGGCUAUUGGUCUUUCUGAAAAAGACGCUGAGCUUGAAGAUCGUCUUUCUCUGGCUGCUGUCAACCAGUGUUGCACUUUGAUAUACACUUCAGGUACCACAGGCCCACCAAAAGGAGUUAUGUGUUCACAGGAUCACCUCACUUGGGGAAGUUCGCAGUACCAGGCUAAUGCAAAUCAUGAAAUGUGCACAGAAGUUUUCGUGUCUUAUCUUCCUCUCAGUCAUCUUGCUGCUCAGAUGCUUGAUGUUUAUUUAGCAUGUACAAUUGCAGCUACGGUUUAUUUUGCACAGCCUGAUGCCUUGAAAGGGACAUUAGGUCAAACACUACAAGAGGUACGUCCGACUUGUUUCUUGGGAGUGCCAAGAGUUUGGGAGAAGAUAUAUGAAAGAAUGCAGGAAGCUGGUGCACAAGUGGGUGGGGUGAAGAAGGCUGUAGCUACGUGGGCCAAGUACCAUGGUCUCAAUUACUUCAACGCGUUACGUGAUGGCAGGACUUUGUCUACAUAUGAGAGAGCCUGCAACUCAUUAGCAAAGGCACUCAUCUUGAAUAAAGUGAAGGCAGCUAUUGGGUUCAAUCGUGCUGAAAAGUUUGUAUCGGGUGCUGCACCCAUAUCAAAAGAUAUCCUCGAAUAUUUUAUGAGUCUUAACAUCCCUAUCAUGGAAGGAUAUGGCAUGUCAGAAAGUCUCAGUAUAUGUUCUAUGUCAUUCCCGGAGCAAGAUCGCUUCAGGCUUGGUAGUGUUGGCAAGGCUCUUCCGCAAUGUUAUACAAAACUGGUACCAAUUGAUGGAUGCAAGCCAGGUGAAGGAGAGAUAUGCAUGAAGGGAAGAAGUAUUUUUAUGGGGUAUUUACAUAUGCCGGAGAAGACCAAUGAGACCAUUGAUGAUGAGGGAUGGCUGCACUCAGGAGAUAUAGGAAGAUUCGAUAAAGAUGGAUUUCUCUACAUUACUGGGCGGAUCAAGGAGUUGGUCAUUACAGCAGGUGGAGAGAACAUCCCACCCGUGUUGAUCGAAGAGGCAGUCAAGAAGGAGCUGCCAUUUGUCAGUUUUGCAUUUCUAUGUGGUGAUCGUAGAAAAUAUCUAUCAAUGCUCUUGACAUUGAAGGCUGAGACAGAUGAUAACACUGGGGAGCCACAACAGACCUUGACAUCAGCUUGCCAAGCAAUGUUUAAGGACUUUGGUUGUGACAUCCAGACUGUGGCAGAGGCUGUGGCUGAGGUGAACAAGAAUCCCAGUGGACCUUUAGCCAAAGCUAUACAGGAUGGGAUUGAGAGGUACAACAAAGACGGAGCAGUUUCGAAUGCCCAGAAAAUCCAAAGGUGGGCACUUCUCCCACUAGACUUCUCUCAGCCAACAGGAGAACUCAAUAAUACUUUAAAACUAAAGAGGAGCUUUGUUCAGGAAAAGUAUAAAGACAUAAUUGAUUCCAUGUACAUACCAAACAAGUCACUGGAUGUGGCAAGUAAGCUCUGAGGGAAAUUAAGUAUUUAUCAGUUUUUAUCUUGCCACCUUGUUACUGUUUGUUUGAAGGUAGUUUGUUUUGUUUCUAGAAUGAAAAGGAGAUGACUUUGUUAUUGUGGUAGGGAAAUAAACAAAAAUGUAUGUUAUUGGUGUAAUUUGUAGUGAUACUGCAAAUACAGAAUUUAGACUAAUUAUUUUGUAGUUUGUUGUGUAGGUUGUAUUAAACUUUUAGAUUACGUUUCUGAGAAUGGAAAGGAGACAACUUUCUUUGUUAUCGUGGCAGGGGAAUGAACAAAAAUGUAUGUUGUUGAUAUAAUUUGUUGUGAUACUGUUAAUACAGAAUUUAGACUAAUUAUUUUGAAGUUUGUUAGUGUAGGUUGUGUUAAACUUUUAGAUUAGGAAAUAAAACCUUAUAUUAUAGGUAUUCACAGUUUUUAGAAUGUAAAAUAUCAAGUAUACAACCAUAUCUAUUCACCCAUCUUAGAAAAAAUGGGGAAAAUAUGGGAUGUAUCCAUGCGUUUUACAGUAUAUAUUAAAAAAGAAUUGUUAUAAGCAAUUUUGAAGUCAAAAAUAUAAUAAUCAAUAAUUUUUCAUAUGCAUUUCUUAUUAAGUACACAUGCAAAUUUUUUGUAUAGAUUUAUUUUUAUAAGAAAAUAUACUUGUGUAUUUAAUGUAAGUUUAAUAGUUUUUCCACAAUUUUCUUAUGUGUAUUGAAUAGUAUAUUAGUAAAAAUAUAGCUUGUUAUUUUAUUAUGAAUAAAGUACUAUUAAUAUUU